CGUUUAUUUCCGUAUCCGUACACUGGAGAAUGUAUUUGCCUUCUGUUGAAUCUUCAAGCCCAGGAGGUUCAGCAACAUCUGAUGACCAUGAAUUUGAUCCAUCAGCUGAUAUGCUGGUGCAUGACUUUGAUGAUGAACGGACAUUAGAAGAGGAGGAAAUGAUGGAAGGAGAAACAAACUUCAGUUCUGAAAUAGAGGAUCUUAACAGGGAAAGUGAUAUGCCAAUCCAGGAGCUACUUAGCCGUUAUGGCUAUGAUGGUACCAUUCCACUCCAAGAAGAUGACGAUGAUGAAGAUGAAGAAGAAGAGGAGGAGGAGGGAGAAGAUGAUGAUGAUGUUGAUAAUGAUGACAACAGUGGCUGUAGUGGUGAAAACAAAGAGGAGACCAUAAAAGAUUCGUCAGGUCAGGAAGAUGAGACACAGUCAUCUAAUGACGACCCAGCACCAUCUGUUGCUUCUCAAGAUCCACAGGAGAUAAUUCGCCCUCGUCGAUGUAAAUAUUUUGAUACAAAUAGUGAAAUAGAAGAGGAAUCUGAAGAAGAUGAAGAUUAUAUUCCCUCAGAAGACUGGAAAAAGGAAAUCAUGGUGGGCUCUAUGUUUCAAGCCGAAAUUCCAGCUGGCAUAUGCAAAUACAAAGAGAAUGAAAAAGUGUAUGAAAAUGAUGACCAGCUGCUGUGGAAUCCUGACUUCUUAUCAGAAGAUAAAGUGAUCGAGUUCCUAAAUGAAGCAUCAAGGCGUACGGGUGAUGAGAAAGGCCUAGAUGCAAUUCCUGAAGGAUCACAUAUUAAAGACAAUGAGCAGGCAUUGUAUGAACUGGUUAAGUGCAAUUUUGAUACUGAAGAAUCAUUACGAAGGUUGAGAUUUAAUGUAAAAGCAGCCAGAGAAGAAUUAUCUGUUUGGACAGAAGAAGAAUGUAGGAACUUUGAACAAGGACUGAAAGUCUAUGGCAAGGAUUUUCAUGUGAUUCAGGCAAAUAAGGUACGAACAAGAUCAGUUGGUGAGUGUGUAGCAUUUUAUUACAUGUGGAAGAAAUCAGAGCGUUAUGAUUUCUUUGCGCAGCAGACCCGAUUUGGAAAGAAGAAAUACAAUCUUCAUCCUGGUGUAACAGAUUAUAUGGACCGUCUCCUGGAUGAAAGUGAAAGUGCUGCUUCCAGUAGAGCUCCGUCCCCUCCUCCUACAACUUCCAACAGCAGCACGAGCCAGUCUGAAAGGGAAGACAGCACAACCAGCAACAGUAAUCAGAAUGGUGUGUCUGCUAAUGGGCCAGGUGAGAUACCAAAUAAAGAUGAAGCAAAAAUUGAAGGAUUGCAUGUAAAUGGACCUACCAGUGGCAAGAAAACACCUCACACGGAUCUGGAUACAAAUGGGUAUGAAACUGAAAACCUUUCCACUGAUCCAAAACUUGCUCAUUCAGCUUCAAGAAAUGAAAAUGAUUUUGAAGAAAAAACCGAAAGACCUCUAAAAAGAAGAAGAAUUAACAGCAACGGAAAAGAGAGUCCAGGUUCUUCAGAGUUCUUCCAAGAAGCAAACUCACAUGGGAAGCUUGAAGAACUAGAAACUUUGGAUGACUGAAUACUAGGAGCUGAUUUUAUUCCUUGGAGUAAAUUUUGGGUGUCUAAAAUUUUCAGGGUUGAUGGGUUACCUUACAAAAUCCAGUUCCGUAAAACAAUCUGCUGAGAUUUUUUCUAAUACCUUCUACUUGGCUCUUAAGAUCUGAUUAUUUGGUUUUUUCCAGUGCUGAAAAGCAGUAGGAGAAUAUUCCAUUUCUCAGAGCUGGCAACUGUAGUUCUGGGAACUCUAAGGCUCUUAAAAAUAUUUGAGAAACAAAUCAGUGAGUUUCUGCAAAAAUACUCCCAGCCUAAUACAUUAAAGAAUCUUCUGUGUGUAAUACACCAUUUAAGCAUUGUACAAGUGAACAAAGCAUCCUAUUUGAAGCAGGGGGCUGGUUCAAAUGUUGCAGGAAGUUAAAAUGAAAUACAGAAUGCCAAGACACACAUCAGAGUAGGCACAGAGACUUCCACUCAUGCUAGCGAGAGGAAAGUGUCAUCCCAUUGUUAAGGAACCCUUAUGAAUCCUGAAAGUUACGAGCACAACUAUUUUUAUAUAUAGAAGUUUUAAAAGGUAAAUAAAUAAACCAGGUCAGGUUUGUAUAUGUAAAAUUGUUGACAUCAAUGAUGUCUUUCCAUAUUCUUUAUCUGGGCUAAAGAAAUACAUUCUGUAUUUUUCCAGAUUUCUUUGUAGCCUUUGAAAGAUUUUUACAGUACUUAUGUCUUGAUUGAACUGUCCUUUCUUCAAACAAAAGCUUGUAUAAUUUUCUUAACUUGUACAGUUGGUAAACUUUUAUGAGAGAAUUGAUAUCCUGAGUCUAAUGUCAGCUUCAUUUUAUUUUGCUGAAGUCUUUUCUAAAAAAAAAAAAACAACAAAAAAACCCCAAACCAAACCAAUUGACUUAAAAAAUGCUGAUUAGUCACCAACAUGUUAUUUUCUUCUCAGAAAACAGUAAACAAUUAACAUCAAGAAUGGUUAGAAGUCAUUUGAUUUUGAAAACAUGUUUUUUCUUACUUCUGUUUUAUGGCAAAUAGUGAUGCUAAAAAUUUGUUAAGCACGAUGCUUGCAUUGCACAAAUUUUCUUGCUUUCAUUAUACAUCUUCUCAUUUUAUUUUGAGCUCAGAUAAAUUUCACGUCAGCCAAAUGCUUAAGUUUACUAAACCUUGUUCGCCAAGAUCAGGUGUUAGAUUAUCCAUUGAUUUAUUUUCAGUCUGUCUAUCAUCUUCUACAUUUCACUGACCACAGGAAGGGUAGGAAAUGGGUCAAGUGAUUCUGGCUGUACAGGUUAGAAAUGGACGUGCAGCUGGUAACCUGGUGCCUGAUCUUGAAUUUCUGAAAACUAGUGGACCUUAUAUGGAUGGGUAUUUCAGUGGGAGCAGAAACAUCACAUACACAUACUUGGUAGAGCGUAUACACAUAUAUACACUCAGUAUAUAGAGAUUCACAUGGGUAAGAAGUGAGAGUAGGUAUGGAUAACUGGUUUAUGAUUAAAGUGCGAGAAACGAAAACUCUUUAUAAAAGUGUGUGGAGGGGGUGAUGCUCACCGUCCCACUAGCAUAAUUUGAAAGUUGUUGAAGUAGGGUUUACAUCCAUGAAGUAGCAAGAUUUUUAAUACCGGUGUUUUGGGUUUUUUUAAUUUUGUUUUUUUUAAGCCGCAGCUACACAUCUACUGUAUUAAAAAUAGGAAAAAUUGUUCAUUUGUAUAAUUUAUAAUCUUAUCUCCUCCUCCUGUGGCUUACAGGAGUGCUGUUAAUUUUUAAUUGGUUAUUUUUACUUAAAGUUUAUGAGUCUUUACGAUUCCAGUUUUAAAUGUGCGGUCCUAUGGUUUGAAACUAAUGUAUCAACCUAAAAAAAACAACUGCUAAGGGUUUUGUUUGUUUUGUUAUCUCCUUCAACUACAUGUACUUGGACUUUAUGGUCGUUAAUGAGCCAAAUCUUCUGGAUCCGGCCUGGCUCCACCACCAUGAUGAGUUACUGGAGCGUAUUAACCUGCUGUUCCCAGAAACGUUGGGAAUGAUCCCUUCUAACUGGUUCAGCGGAUGUGCAGAAGUUGACAUCUGCCUAGAAUUAGACAGCAAUUUACGUGGAGAGGCACAUUGCUUCCAGUACAGUUUGGAGCCCAGAAGUGUUUUCAGCGUGUUUCCAAACUGCGUUGAAAAGAUCACAACUUGCGUGUGACACUUGGGUCUGUUUUUCAAGCACGAUGACGAUAGGUUCAGCUGGAGCGGGUGUCCUGGGUUCAUGAAGUGCUUUAAGACUGCAGCCUGAACGGAGAAUCCAGUUCAACAGAAUAAAUCCUUGCUGGGCUUUCUAAAGGAUUAAACAUGAUAUUAAAAAAACAACUACACACACACACAAAAUUUACAUACCAGUUUUAUACAUUUUUCCACACAUAGGAAUUUUGCACUGUUAGUAAUUCCCUUCUCUUAUCCCCGCUCCCUGUCUGCAAUUCUGAAAAAGCUUAUUAAAAUAUUUUUUUAAACG